AAAACUAAACAGGCAUUUAGGACCAUGAAACUUUUUCAUGGCAGGUUAACAACUCUCUCGUAUGGUUGGCAACCGCCAAAAUCGACAUCAAUUUUGAAUUGUAUUCUUUCUUUUACACGUUCAAAUUCAUCAUCAGACAUCAAUUCUUCCUUGCAUUCAACUAAAAUCCUGCAAAAACUCUCAAACCCUUCUCAUAUGAAGCAAAUUCUGGCCCAAAUCAUCGUCAAAAAUCAACAAUUGGACCAAUUUUGUCUCAUGAAACUCAUCGAUAUUUGUGCUUCUUCAAAUGGGUUCUCUUCCUCUGCUUUAAUUUUCUCCCAAUUCCAUGAAUUUAUUGAUUCUUAUAUUUGCAAUUCACUUCUUAGAACUUAUACCCAUUUAAAGAAGCACUGGCAUUCAAUUUUUGUCUACGUACAAAUGCAUAAACAUGGUAUAUCCCCUGAUAUUUUGACUUUCCCGGCUGUAAUUAAAUCAACUGCUCAUUUAUGUCGUCGUAGAUUAGGGAAAUCACUUCAUUGUUGCGUGAUUAAGAUGGGUUUUGGUUCAGAUAUGUUUGCAAGUACUGCACUUGUUCAUAUGUAUAGUUCUUGUUCAUCGGUUGAUGAUGCACGUACUGUGUUUGAUGAAAUGCCUGAGAGAAAUUCUGUUUCUUGGAACGCCAUGAUUACUGGUUAUGUACAUGGAAGGCGGUUCUCAGAGGGGUUUGAUGUGUUUAGGGACAUGAUGAGGGAUGGGAUAGAGUUGGGGGAGGUGACUAUGGUGGGGCUAUUAUCGGCCUGUGCUAACUUAGGUGCUCUGAAUCAAGGAAGGUGGGUUCAUGACUAUAUUAGGCGAAAUGGGAUGGCGUUGAAUGUAUAUGUUGGCACUGCUCUUAUUGAUAUGUAUGCAAAAUGUGGGAAUGUUGAGGAGGGUUUAAAGCUUUUAAGGGCAAUGAAGGUGAAAAAUGUGUGCACUUGGAAUGUUUUGAUUUCAGCAUACUCGAUCAAUGGACAAACAGAGGAUGCUUUGAUGGCAUUUUACAGCAUGAUUUUUGAAGACUAUAAGCCUGAUCAUGUAACCUUUUUGGCUGUUUUAUCGGCUUGUUUUCAUGGAGGUCUUGUUGGCGAGGGCAGGUCACAUUUCAAAAGUAUGAAAGGGGAGUUUGGAGUGGAGCCAAAGAUGGAGCAUUAUGGUUGUAUGGUUGAUCUGCUCAGCCGGGCUGACUUAAUUCAUGAAGCUGUGGAACUAAUCAGGAAUAUGCCCUUGAAACCAGACCCGACCAUUUGGAGGGCCUUGCUUCGUGCCUAUCAAGUUCGUGGACAUGUCCACUUCACUGAGCUUUUGAUUCUGAAACUCAUUGAACUAGAGCCACAAAAUGGAGACAACUUUUUCUUACUGUCAAAUCUAUAUAGCCAACAGCAAAGGUGGGCAGAAGUUGAGGUAGUGAGGGAAAUUAUGAAGGAUAGAGGCAUCCAGAAUAUCCCUGGCUACAGUUCAAUUGUUAUCAACAAUGAAAUUUUUGAAUUUGUUGCAUCAUAUGAUGUUAAACCAAGACUUGAGGAGGUAGAUAAAGUUUUGGCACAUAUGUCCGGGGAACUAAUUCUAUCAAGUUCUUUUACUAAUACUGAAAUUUUGUAACAUAAUCCAAUGGAAGAAGAAGAUGAUGUCUUGGUUUCCACUUUGGCAUUUGUAAAAUAACUAUUACCUGGAUAUAAACUCUUACAUGAGAUUUGGCCGAAGCUAACAUACUCCGGUUCUUGGGAUAGCCUGGUAUGAAGUGGUCGCUCCUUAAAGAAGCUGAAGGCAUGAAGACUAUAAUGUAUCAGAUAUACCUGAUAAAAUUUCAAGAAGGUUAGCUCGAACCCAGUUUUCUCUGACCAGGUUAAUACAUGUCACAAAAGAACGAGUGAUGACUUCUAAUUUUUAUACUGGUUCAGGAGUUUAACUCUAAGUAUUGUUGAAGUAUACUGUUUGCAAGAAAGGGGAUAUGUAAGGAGGAGUACAGGGAGCUGCUGCAUGAAAAUCAAUGGAGCAGUACUUUUGCAGGGAGUAAAUUAGUAUACUAAACACAGAAUUAACUCAGAUGGAUACCGAAAUUAGCUGGAUUCUAAUUUAACCAGUCCAAUAUGGAGUAACACAUAUUGGAGUUCAUCCUCUUCUGAGCAUAUGCAGCAAGGUUUAUAACCAAGCAGAGAAUCAUUUUCACUUUUCAGCAUGGUGCCUGCUGCCCCCUAUGGUUGAGGGGACUCUGUUCUUUUUCGCGGUGUUGGAAUCAUUGAAUGUUCAUCAUGAGGCUGUGUUUCGGGGAGCAUAUGUUGAAGCUUAACUAUGGAGUACUGUGUAUAUUUCUCGGUACAGCUUUCCCUACAUGGCAUAAUUUUGCCUGUUCUGUUACUAGCAAUAAUUCAAAAAGACUGCAUAAAGGGCGCCCACUAUCAAAUAUCAGUACACAAAAAGGUAAAUAUGUCAACCUCAAAUCUUUCACGCUGGAACUGUUGUAUCAUUGUAUGUUGUUGUAUGUAAAUUACUGGUUAUAACUUUGACCUUGAUUUGUUAAGCUGGAUGAACCAGAGUAUAUGGCUUUAUACUUCAAAUGCUUUUUCUCCAAGUUGAGUGAAAUGAGGACUUUGACGAGCUACCUGAAGCAGUUCAAAAUCAUCAUAAACAUCACGAUACAUCUCCAAAUUAGCCUCCGCGUUUAUCAGAGAUGACACACAUAGCUCUUUCCUCCAUUCUUCCAAGCGUGGAAAUCCCACUUUAUCUGCGUACAUGUCACAGUACUGCAGAAAAAAAGCAUACAUUAGAGUGAUUUGCAGAAGAAGAUCCGAGGAUUAAAGACAAUAUAUACCUUCCUAGGUAUUCCAACGAAUGAAAGAGAAGGAGCGAGUGAAGGAGGGAAUGUGUGCUCGUAUAAAGGUCCAACGCGAUCAUCAUCAACCUCGAUGAUUCCUUUGGUGUCAAGGAACGGAAAUGUGUAUGAAUACCUACAGUAGUAAACAGUAAGUUUCUUCAUGGUUAAUCAUCAUGUCUCUUUAGCAAAAUUAUAUAUUUCUUCAUGGUUACAUAAAAUUAUAGAUGUCUCUUUUGUUUACAACUGUACAUAACUUAAUUUCCAUCUUUUGUCAGACUAUCAUUUUCAUUCAUAACACCAUUCUGAUUUCUGAAGAAAUGUAAUGUAUUUACAGUACUUUCUGCUUAAGGAACUUGCAUGUCACCAUGAUUUAAUAUUA